AAAGAGAAGAUCAGCAAAGCAGCCUCAAGCUUAUGCCACUGAUGAACUCCUUCCAGACUGUUCUGCUGGCACACUCCUUGCUGCAGAAUGUCUGACUUCACAGACAUUCCAGAAUGUGCCUGUUGGGGACAUAUUUACUGCCCAGAUUCGAAGUGAUUCCAUGGUAGUGAGAGCGGGCAGUGUGGAGCAACAAAAGUCCAGGGUCCCAAAACAUCAAGACUCUCGGAAGAGCCAAAAUGAGAUGUGUGCUACUACUUAUAAGAGCGAGGUCUAUAGGAAGCUCAACCCAGAAAAGCAUGAAGACCAAUUUCCAGAAUUAAGGAUUUCAAAACUCCCCGAGGUGAUGGACAUGGAAGAUACCCAUGUGAGUGGAAGCACUCAGCUCCUGUCAGAAAACAAAGAUGUUCCUUCAGAAGUCUUCAAACAAUCUAUAAGGCAAUUUGUUCAGCUGAUUUUCCCCAAGAAAAAAAUCCCAGAGCAGGAAGAUGCUUUGCAAAAAUCAGCCAGUGCCCAGAGCCAACAAUCAGUCAAUAACCAAUCACAUACGGACAGUACCAUAGCUGAAGCUGAGGAGCCCGUGACCAUUGUUGGAGAGAUUUUGGAGAAGGACGUGAUACUUAAAGAUGACCUUUGUGCCUCUAAGAUCAGUCAGCACAGGGAAGAACUCCAAAUCCCAGUAUCUCGGGGCUCCUACUACCACAAGCCCCCCUGCCCAGCAGAGCAGAAGAGAAGGCCAAGCCAUGCAGCGCGCGCCCACCAGGCCACCCCGAAGUGCCAGAACUGUUCCGUGAGGCAAAAACAAAUGAGAGACCAGCAUUCUCUGAAAAGUACGCAAUUCAGCAAGGAGGGCCAAUGCUUGAGGCAUCCUCACCUCUCUCCCCCCAGCAAGACUGCAUCCCCCGCAGUCAGUCCCUCUCCUCAUGGGCCAGCAAUGCCACAUAUCUCAGGCCACCAUCCCCAUUGCCCAAGGCAUUGUCCUCUUCUAGGAGGUGUGUUGUCUGGCCAACCAGGAAAAUAUCCUCCAGCUUUCCCUAUUAGGAAAACACAUCCCCAAAGAAAAUUCAGCCCAUAUAGAGAAAAAUAAAUUUUCUCCUGUCCAUAUAUUCAGGAUAUUUAAUGUACCAUAACACCUGCAUUUUCUUUAUAUAACAGAGUAAU